CACGAGAUGCCAAAAAGUUUUUUGAGAUCUCUUCAAGCGGACGCAUUCUGCGCAGCAUUGCGCUCCUCCUCUCGCCACAAACGCAUUGAUCAUGAUAACCAUUCGCAUACCCUGCUCUUCUGCCAACAUUGGCCCCGGUUUCGACGUCAUUGGUCUCGCCCUUUCGUUAUGGACGGAGAUCAAAGUCACGUUCGAAAACCCAGAUCAGGCUGAUCCAAACGCACAAUGGCCUGUAAUAACGUACGAGGGAGAUAGCGCAGAAAAUGUCAGCCUAGUGCCCGAGGAGAAUCUUAUCACACGCACAGCAAUAUACGUGCUCCGAUGUCACGGUCAGCGCAACUUUCCAGCAGGCACACACGUCCAUAUUAAGAACCCCAUCCCACUCGGCAGGGGCUUGGGCUCCUCUGGCGCAGCCGUAGUGGGUGGUGUCGCUCUUGGAAGUGAAGUUGGAAAGCUGGGCUUGUCGAAGGCACGGAUGUUAGACUAUUGUCUCAUGAUAGAGAGACAUCCAGACAAUGUAGCGGCAGCACUAUAUGGUGGGCUGGUAGCAGCAUAUCUCAAUGAACUGGACCCUAAAGAUGCUGAACGGAUCGAGAUUCCUCUGAGCGAGGUACUACCUGAGCCUGCAGGAGGUGUUGACACAGGCCUCAAGCCCCCAGAACCGCCAUACAACAUUGGGCACUACAAAAAAUUCAAAUGGUCCGAGCAGAUCAAAUGUAUAGCCAUCAUACCACAUUUCGAAGUCGCUACUGCAGACGCCCGGCGAGUCCUACCGGACAGCUAUUCACGCAAGGAUCUCGUCUACAACAUGCAACGUAUCGUAGUUCUUUCAACCGCCCUGGGUGAAACACCGCCAGACCCAGAUACAAUAUACUUCGCUAUGCAAGACCGUGUUCACCAACCGUACCGCAAGAAGCUGAUUCCCGGUCUUCCCCAGAUUCUGCAAUCCGUCACACCGAAAAGCCACCCGGGCUUACUCGGAAUCUGUCUUUCCGGCGCAGGGCCCACAAUCCUCGCACUCGCUACGCAUGACUUUGAGAAUAUCGCGAAUCGAAUUAUCAGUCAGUUUUCGCUAGAGAACAUCACAUGUGAAUGGAAGCUGCUGGAGCCAGCUGAGGAUGGACUCACCAUCUCCUACGGACAUGACGAAGCGGGUGUUUCUGUGGACAGAGAAAGUACGCCUAUGACUUAUGCUGGUGCUGGCGUAUCGAUAGAUGCCGGGAAUCAGCUUGUGGAACGUAUCAAGGCUUCUGUAUCGUCUACGAAGCGAAGUGGCACCGAUGCGGUAAUCGGUGGGUUUGGUGGUUCAUUUGACCUUCAAGCAGCCGGUUACGAUGACACCCCCGUCUUGAUUCAAGCUAUUGACGGCGUCGGCACGAAGCUAAAGAUUGCCUUCGCUGUUGGCAAGUACGAUACUGUGGGUAUUGAUCUUGUUGCUAUGAACGUCAAUGAUCUGGUCGUUCAAGGUGCUGAGCCGCUCACCUUCUUAGACUAUUAUGCAUGCGGAGCUUUGGAUGUCGACCAAGCUGCCGCAUUUGUUGAGGGCGUUGCCGCAGGAUGCAAGGAAUCAGGAUGCGCUUUGAUAGGAGGCGAGACGGCUGAAAUGAGUGGUAUGUAUAGCAAAGGCGAGUUCGAUGCUGCAGGUUGUGCUACUGGUGCUCUACGGAAAGGAGAGAAAGUGUUACCGGAUAAGGAAAGCAUGCAAGAAGGGGAUAUUCUCCUUGGCCUCGCAAGCAAUGGUGUGCAUUCAAACGGUUUCUCUCUGGUGCGAAAAAUUAUCGAACGCGCUGGGCUGGACUGGAAGGACCAGGCUCCCUGGGAUCAGAGCACCACUGUUGGUGAAGCACUCCUUGCGCCAACACGCAUAUAUGUGAAGUCGUGUCUGGCAGCUUCACGACGAGGUCUUUUGAAGGGAAUGGCACAUAUUACGGGAGGUGGAAUCACCGAAAACGUACCAAGAAUGCUACCAAAUCACCUUUCGGCAUCAUUUGAUGCGAAAAAUUGGGACGUGCCGGCCGUGCUAAGCUGGCUCAAGAAAGCAGGUAGCGUGGAGAACAACGAAUUUGCACGAGUAUGGAACACAGGCAUUGGAAUGGUUAUCGUGGUAGCCAGGGAGAAGGUUGAUGAAGCCAGAAAGAUUCUGGAAAGUGAAGGGGAGAAAGUGUUUGAAGUUGGUGUGCUGAAGAAGCACGAUGGAAGGGAGAGUUGUGAGAUCAAGAACAUGAGUGUUUGGAAUUAGAUAUGACUUGGUGCGACGAUUUCAUUUGCAGAUCCACAGAAUCAAAUAGGAUGAAGCUUGUGGAGAGCCACCACAUACGAGCGCUUGAAUAUGUUGCUUGCAAUGUUAGAUAUGCAUGGCUGAAUGGGCUUGUUGCGCACGGGUUGUGUCCCAGCUCUGAAGAUGUACAUUCUUGCGCUUCUCUACAAGGCACGGAGUAUUACUGAUGUCCUAGCCGAGCUUCCUCAUGAUUCACAACGUUCGAC